GGCAGCGGGGGCGACGCAGCCGGGCAGUGAUGCGAUAGCUGGCCUCUGGCUGCCACCUGCUCCUCUGUACUCCACUGUACUCGGCUGCCGGACCGCUCCCCCCUGAGGCUCUCUCCCGCGACGGCGACGGCGGCGGCGGACGCGGCGCCUGCGAACACGACGACGGCGGCGGAGGCGGCGGGGCGGACGGAACACCCUCAGGCCUGAGCCCGCGGUCACUUCUCCAGUGAAGCAAGUCACACGCAGCGGAGCAGAAGAUGGCGCCGUCCCUGAGGCUGUGGAGGCGGGAGGCGGACGAGCAGGAGCCGACGGAGGACUCGACGGAGGCGACGACGGUGGCGGAGGAGGCGGGGGGCGGCGCGCUGCCCCCCACCACCAUGGCCGUUCCCUCGCUGCCCCACCACGGCCACAACAUCCUCGCCGGCAACAACCAGCAGUUGCCCACCACCGCAGAGACUACUGUGAGCCCUGAAGAGAAAUUCUCCAGUUCAACUGCAGCCCCAACAACCAAAAGCAAAGUUGGAGAUUUUGCCAAAACUAUGGAUGAUAUUGCCCAUCAAGCAGCUGAUAAAAUGCACAUUCCAUAUUGGGGUGUUGUUGCCAUAAUAAUAGGUGUUUGCCUGGUAUUCCUCUGCAUCUGUGUGUGCUGCAUCCGACGAUGCUGUCGCAAGAGGAGGACAAAGGACGGCAAGAAGGGUCUGAAAGGGGCGGUCGACCUCAAGUCGGUACAGUUACUUGGCUCAGCGUACAAGGAGAAGGUUCAACCAGAUCUGGAGGAACUUACCGAAAAUGCUGAAGAGGGGGGAGAUGAAGCUGAAAGUAAACAAAGUGAAGUUAAACUUGGACGUCUUCAAUAUAAGCUUGAGUAUGACUUCAAUUCAAAUAGCUUGGCUGUAACUGUAAUCCAGGCAGAGGAUCUACCUGCACUUGACAUGGGAGGAACAUCAGAUCCCUAUGUGAAAGUCUAUCUACUACCUGAUAAAAAAAAGAAGUUUGAAACAAAAGUGCAUCGGAAAACACUGAGUCCUGUCUUCAAUGAAACAUUCACAUUUAAGGGUGUGCCAUAUGCUGAAGCAAUGAAUAAAACACUGGUUUUUGCUAUUUUUGAUUUUGAUCGAUUCUCAAAGCAUGAUCAGAUUGGUGAGGUAAAAGUCCCAUUGUGCCAAGUCGAUUUGGCACAAACCAUUGAAGAGUGGCGUGAAUUGCAAAGUGUUGAGGGUGAAGGUGGACAGGAAAACAAGCUGGGAGACAUCUGCUUCUCUCUACGGUAUGUGCCAACAGCAGGCAAGCUCACAGUUGUCAUCUUAGAAGCAAAGAACCUGAAGAAGAUGGACGUGGGAGGACUUUCAGACCCAUAUGUAAAGAUAGCACUGAUGCAGAAUGGAAAACGCCUCAAGAAAAAGAAGACAAGUAUCAAGAAGUGUACAUUAAACCCUUACUAUAACGAAUCAUUUACUUUUGAGGUGCCAUUUGAACAAAUUCAGAAAGUGCAGCUGGUGAUAACUGUGGUGGAUUAUGAUCGUAUUGGUACCUCGGAACCCAUUGGGAAGGUUGUUCUUGGGUACAAUGCCAGUGGUACUGAACUUCGUCACUGGUCCGACAUGCUUGCAUCUCCACGGCGCCCCAUUGCACAGUGGCAUACUCUCAAGGAUCCCGAUGAUGACAAGAAGGAUUAAGGAGACUGCCAAACUCCACACUUGUGAGAAAUAUGUUACUGUAUGGAUUCACAAAAAAGUGUUAAAUGUCAAACAAAUUCCUCCAUAAUCCUACCUUAUUUGUGUUACACAACUCUGUUCAAUAGAAAUGUGCUUUAAAAAAGAACAUUCUUGCAAGGAAAUCUCCUUCAAGCUAUAAUCACUAUUGUCCCCAUACAUUGUUCAUUUUCUUAAAAAAAAAGAUCUGUGUGCAUAUAUUCUAUAUAAUACUACAGAAGUUUUGGAGGUUAACUUAAUUCCUAUCUGCAGUUCUCUGUAUUUCCAUAACAUGCCUCACUGUUCAUUCAAGUAUUGUGGUUAGAAAUUAUAUUACAGCAGUGAUUCUGUAUGGUGAGGUUAAGUAACUGACAGUUGCUGUGUCAACAGGCUACCACCAUUACUCUAAGCCAAAAGCUGCAUUCAUUCUUUAAGAUGUAAGCUGUUAAAAUAAUACUACCCACAAUAAAGUUUUCAUAAUAUACCAUUAAAAAGUUGUAAUGUUGGUGUUUCAUAUCAUGAUUCUGGAGAUGAAGAGCAUUGUAUCAUAUGAAUAGGCACCAGAAUUUUAUCAGAUAGGGCAUAGCCUAAUAGGGUGUAGCCAAAGAGGUUCGUUUUGUAUACACAUCAGUGACAAUAGGACUGUAAGAGAUUGCUAUAUGCAAAUAAAUAGUAUCUUUUGAGGUUCACUAAUCUAUUCACCUUCAUUGUGGCUUAUCCAGUGAUUUUUACUGGAAUAAAAGUUAAAAAGUGCCAUGCAUAUAUAUGUAUAUGCCUUCCCUUCCUCAGAAACAAACAGUUUUGAUGAAUAUAAUUUUAACCAAGCAGAGCUAUUUUGCUACAACAACUGACAAUAUUGUGUACUGCUUCCCAAUUUAUAAAAACACCACUGGGUGAUAUAAUAAAGCACCAAUGGGGUCUGUGAAAUUACAUCUGUAUCUGUUUAGCAAAUUCUGGCAGAAGAAGAUCUGCAUUCUAUAAAUGACUAAAUAGACAAAAUAACUGCUGGAAAUAUAUAUAAAUUUUAGUCAUUAAAGAAGUGGUGGGAAGUUUUCACUGCAGCUAAAUAGCACAAUGUUUGAUGUAAUGAGUUCUUCCAUUUCUCAGAAAAUGCUUUUGGAUGCACCACAUUUUUUUCUCAGUUUCUUCUAGUUUUGAAGAGGUCAUAUGCACCAUUUGCAUUUAUCAGCUGCCAUGAUGAAGUAGUUUCGAUCUCCUGAUGUUCCACCUUUAACUAUUAAAACUGUUAGUGUAUUAAAUAAUUACAGGUCUUGUCAGUCAGGAACAAUCUCACAGUGAAUUACUUGCAUAUUUUUUUCUUUUUUAUUGGUGAUCCAUAAAAUGCAGAUUAUAAAUGAGAAAGACUUGAGAAGCAACUUGUGCAGCAACCGCAGAAAUGAUGACCAAGCAGACAGAAACAUGAAAUCACUAUACAUUUCAUAUAAACAUUUAUUAUUAAAGUUUCCCAUUGGGAAACACUAUGAACAAGAUUAUUCAACUCAUAAAUCAAGCCAGAGAGAACACUUUCCUUCACAGUGCAAAUUCUCUCAAGAUGCCAGGAUUCUUAGACAGUUUAUUUUAUUUUAGGAUUCCUGUUGUUUUCUUCAUGUGGGAAAGCCAAUGUUAAAGGUUAUACUCCUUUAGAAUUUUUUUGUAAGAUAAUCAUUUUUACAAAUUUUUUUUAACAUAUGGAAUAGAUCAUCCAUACCCUCCUGUUUGCAAAUGAGAAUGAGAUGUGACUGCUAAUGACAUGUAUUUCUGGCUUUAAUCUGUUUUGUAAAAAGAGAGUAUUGUUUAUAUAUAUAUGAAUGUAAUGAAUAAUUAAUUCUGCAACCUUGUAAACAGAAUGUUACUCAGAAAAUUAUGUUUAAGACCAGUAAAUGCAUUUUUAUAUGCAAAAUUAUUUACUGGAGGUUAGACAAGUAAUACACUAUACUUUUUAUACAAACAGUAUGGUUUUCACAAUUUAAUGACCCCUGCAUUAUAGGUUGUGGAAUAUAUAUGUGUGUAUAUAUAUGUAUGUAUAAAAUAUAUUGGUAUGUGUGACUGUAUGCAGCCUGAGAGAAUGUAAGUAAAUUAGCCUGUGUGUAGAACUUACUGUGUACUAUAAUAAAGCCGAAUACUAGUCCAAAUCAGAAAAUAGAAAGUGCAGUUGAUUCCAUCCAGAGAAAUUUACCAACUUUAUCACAUUACUACAUAAAAAACAUUCCUUCAGUAUUUAUUAUUAAAAAUGUAAUUCAAGUAGCUACUCCACCCCCGCAAGUUUUUGGGCAAUGUAGUGUGCCACUUAUGGAGAGAGAUACUACAGCUGUUACCUCUUAAAUUCUUCAAAACAUACACAUUCAUUUUCCUUUAAUUUUAUAACAAAUAAUGUAUGCAUUAUAUUUGUCCAUUAUAUGUGUUACUCCUUUUUAGUACAAAUGUGCUCAUACUCAGUCAUAGCUUUUCCCCUCCUCUAUGUGGUCUACAUCACAAAGCAUACAACAUUUUUUACAGUAUUCAGUGGAUGUAUUCUAAUAGCGAGACCCAUCUGCAUUCUGAAAAUGAAAAUGUUCAUUAUUGUCUAUGUUAUUAGCCACCAUGGAUGUGGAAACAUUUUUAAUUAUAUAAUUGAAAGGUUUACUUAUAAGAUCCCUCCGAUGUUGUUUAAAAUAGACUGUUUUUAUGUCUAUUUAUAUGGCUGGACAAUGAGAAAAAUAUGCUUCACAGGGGAUACAACAAAUGUGAGAAUGUUAACUGUAUCUUUCUGGACAAAGAAUUAAAUAUUUCAGAUAUUCCUGUAAUAUUUAUAUGACUUUUCAGAAGAAUUUCUAACUGCUGACAGAAAUGCAUGCUAUAAUUUCUGAAGGCAACAGACGUACUGUAAAAUGUUAAUGGAAUCAACAAGUAUAGCAAAAGGACAUAUGUAUCAUUUAUUGUCCUGAAAGGCAUUACCAUUUAUCAGCAGUACCUGCACUUGUACACCUACUGAAAUAAAAGUGUCUGACUUACAC